UUCACUGUACAAAACAAGACGAUGCGAGUUCCACUUGUUUAUACUUUUGGCGUGUUGUGCUUUGUUUCUGGCAGCAUUGGAAGGAAAGGGUUCGGCCAUGGAGAACAAGAAUGGAAUUAUGUUCAAGUGCGCCCCAAUGCGAAUAUGUUCUGGUGGCUUUAUUAUACCACGGCAAAGGUAAAUUCAUAUUACGACAAACCGUUACUCAUCUGGUUGCAAGGUGGACCAGGGGGAUCCUCAACGAGUUAUGGAAAUUUCGAGGAAUUAGGUCCCCUCGAUGUGAACUUGAAUCCGAGGAAUUAUACUUGGGUCAAGAAUUAUAAUGUUCUCUUCAUCGACAAUCCUGUUGGUACCGGAUACAGUUACGUUAAAAGCAAAUGGGCAUACACGAGGACAAACACGCAGAUCGCAAAGGACCUCGUGGAAUGUAUGCGAGGAUUCUAUAAGGAAUUACCGGAAUUUAAAGCUGUUCCGACGUAUAUCACAACUGAAUCGUAUGGCGGAAAAAUGGGCGCGGAGUUUGCGUUACUCUGGUAUCAAGUAAGAAAUACAAACAUGCUAAUUAAAAAAAAUAAUAAAAAAA